AUGAUGAAAUUUACUAAGCAGAAUUUCUUUGUUUUAGUUGGUGGAAUGAUAAUUUAUGUAGUUGAUAUUGGAGUGGACUUCUGGGUAGCUUGUAGAUAUUUCUAUCAAGGACAACAUUCUUGGAGUAUAUUGAUACUGUGUUUUAGAGGUCUCUCAUCAAUAAUAACUCAGAUAUUUAGUUAUGAGUGGUUUAAAAAUGACUGGGAAGAUACUGAUACUGGGAAGCUGAAAUUGGUUUUUCUAGUUCAUCUCUUUCAUUGUGGAAUUUUUAUAAGGUAUUGGUUUGCUUUGAAAUAUGGCUCUCAAGUUGCAUUUAAACAAACAAGAAGCAGAGAGGCACCAGAAGCAGACCCUUCCAACUUCAUUCAAAAACAAGCUAUUGAUGCAAUGACAGAUAUUAACAUGCUCAGGGUGUUCAAGACUUUUCUUGAGACCACACCACAACUUUUGCUUCAGAUUUACAUCCUCAUGGAACAUGGCAAAACUCAUUUCUAUCAAUAUGCUGCCAUUAUUAUGUCUUUUUGUGGUAUCUCCUUAUCAAUGGUUGAUUAUCAGAUAUCACUACGGAAAUCUCUGCCUGACAAAGGUGAAUUUCAUGUGCUUUCCAAGUUCAUGUAUCUCUUCUAUAAAUUGCUUACCAUCACUUCUUGGAUACUCAGUAUUUCAUUGAUCACUCUACUAAGUGUCAGAAUUUCUGUAAUUCUGCUGAUAUUUCUUUGGAUUUGUGGCUUCACUUGGACUUUGAAACAGCAUACAACAUUUUGUAAGUCUAAGAAGAUGGAAUAUCUGUACAGAACUGUAGUUGGAAUCAUUCUAAUUUUUUCAUUUUUUAACAUAAAGGGGAGAAGAACAAAAGUUUGGAUUUCUAUUUAUUAUGCCACUCACACUGUUGUGACUCUAGGUAUUUUGUUUGUAUAUAUAUUCUGGAAACCUUCCUUUAUCAAACAAAUAUAUUUUACAAUUGUAAGCAUCUUAACUAUUUUGAGCCUGGUGUUAGGUAUCAUUUUUCUUGUUGUUUAUUACAGCCAUCUUCAUCCCACUACUUACUGCAGACCUCAGGGAUGUUCAGAUGAAGCUGAUGGAGUAGUAGGGCAAAAAGAGAGAGUAAAAACUGAUAGAUUUCAGAAUUUCUUAGUGCAAUGA